CUAACAGAUGCACCAGAAUAUAUAGAAAGAACACUAAUAGGAUCAAUAAAAUUAUGGUUUUCAAAUUUAACUGAAAAUAGUAAGAAAGUAUUAAGAACUAAUAAACCUAUAGAAGGAACAUCAUCAACAACAACUAAACUAACACUUAUAGAAUUAUUAAAAAAAUAUGAAACAGCUAUAAAAGAUGAAUUUGGUAGUACGACAACAAUCGAAGAAGAACAAGAUGAAGAGAAAGAUACAAAUAGGAAUUUAAUGUUAAAAUUAGCAAUAUGUAAUAUGUGUUAUAUGGAUGAAUAUACUUGCGCAUUUAAAGAAUAUUACUAUAAAGGAGCAUAUAGUAUAAAAGAAAGUAAGGAGAUAAAAAAAUUAUAUUUUAAUAAAUUACCCGAGCCAUUUAGUUCAAAAAUAAUAAAAAGUUGGGAAGAAGCAAAAAUAGUAGAUACGUUAGGAGAAAGAAUAAAAUUUUUACAACAAUGGUAUAGAAACUUAUGUGAAAAAUAUAGAGAAGAAUUAAAAAUGGAAAAAACAUUAAUAAGAAAUUUAGCAUGUUGCAAAAAUAAAAUAGCACCCCAAUUUGGAUGUGAAGAAAGAUAUUAUAAGAAAAGAAAAAGACAUAAGAAAUAUAAGAAAUAUAAAAAAGCAAAAUAUAAAUAUAAGAAACCAAGAAAAAGAUAUUAUGUAAAAAAUUAUAAAUACAAAAGACCAUAUAAAAAGAAGAAAUCUAUAAAAGAAUGUACUUGUUAUAAUUGUGGAAAGAUAGGCCAUUUAGCUAGAGAUUGUAAAUUACCUAGAAAUCCGAAAAAUAAACAAAUAUCAGAAAUAAAAAUAGAUAAUACAGAAUAUAUGCAGAUAGAUUAUAUAGAAUAUGAAUUAGAAAGUGAGGAUAGUAUAUAUGAAAUUUCAGAAAAUGAAACAGAUAAUGAAAUAGAUAGUGAAAUAGAUGAAUCAAAUGACUAA